AUGUCGACCAGCGCCUCCUCGCAGCUCGAUAGCGGCAUCGGCAUCGGCAUCGGCAUCGACAUCGAGACGGUCAUCUCACCCCGCCUCGACGCCUACCUGGCCACAAACGACUUUGACUCCUACCACCCCCUCCUCUCGCUCCUGUCCACCCUCGUACAGAACCUCGCCCGCGACCAAGGCUACCGCGAUGCCCUGGCCAGUUCGCCCUCCUCUGCUCCGCUUGCCUAUCUCGUCCGCAUCUGCACGUCGAUCUGGUCCAGCUUCCUCUCCAACUCGGAGCGUGCACAGGCGAAGACGGUCGAGCAAAGGCGAGCAGAGAGCAACGCCGGCGACGACGGUUCGUCCUACAAGGAGCACAACGACCCGGCCUACCGCGAUGUACAGCUCCUCACCCUCGCCCUCAGAUGCUGCAGAAACGCAAUGGCACGCUGUCCGCCCGCACAGCUCGCCAUCGCGGCCCACCUGACGCAGCUCCAACCCAUCUUCGUCCACCUCACCGCUUUCACUGCUCUCACCGACCCGGACCUCAUCCCGCUCUCGCGCACCUGCGCACAGCUCCUGUCCAACCUCAUCACCUCGAAUCAGGACACGCAGCGGCAGGUCUGGCAGGAAACCGUCCUCGCCAGCUCCUCGCCGUCGCCCGAAAAGCGCCUCGUCCACCGCCUCCUCACCUCGCCCGACACGCCCACCCAGCUCGCCACUCAGAUCCUCCUCAUCAAUCUCCUCAAGCUGCCCAAUGACCCGCAGCUCUCUCACGACCGCUGCCUCGCCCUGUCUACUGAUCCGGCGGGCCUCGAGAUUGUCGAAACUCUCCUCAACCUCGCCGACAGCAUCGUCCUGCAGACGUCCACGCACCCCGACGACGACGAUGCCGAGUUCAAAACGCCUUCGUCCAGCGCCGCCGGUGCCGGUGCCGGCAACGCGGCCCCCACUGCAGCGGCUCAGGCAUCGCACCAGCAGCUCGAAGAGUCUCUGCGCCUGAUCAACGAGAUCUUCCGGCUGCUCUUUGCCCAGGGUAUGGCGUCCAACCUGCUUCGAGGCCUUGCCCCGAUCGAGACUAUCAGCUCGGACGCCCCCGAAGCGGCGACGAUGGACCGACCCGUGGUCAACGCCAGCCAGAUGACGCUGCUCAAGCUGCUCGACAGCUGGCUCCACUUUGGCAUCGCCGCCGCCGCCGCUUCGGACGCCGGACACGAAGACGCCGUCUCGUUUUCGCCGUCCUCGACCUCGCACCUGGGCGGGUUGGAGGAGCUGGUGGCCCUCUUCUUGCACCUCUCGCGCUUUGUUCGGACGGCGAUGGCAAAGGGUCUCGAGGACAGGGACAGGCAGGAUAAGCGCGUCGUGGGCGUGCACCAGGUGCUGCUCCUCGUCCUGCAAUGCCUCCUCUCCCUCGGCCUCGUUGCAGAUGGUUGGUCCGUCUCGGCGCCGACUACCGCGCCUCCGGACAGCACCAGCGACAAGGGGCUCAAGGCCGUAUCGUGCGCCUACCUCUCGACGCUGCGGGAGGACCGCGAGUUUGUCGAAGAACUCGUAGCGCUGCUCCACCAGACGGCGCUCUUUGCCCCGCCCGUCUCGCCCUUCAAGCCCACUCUGAACCCGGAUGGCAACGGGCCGAACUCGACCUCCACCUCGACGACGAUGCCAUUACCGGAAGGCCAUGUCCUCUCCUCGACAGGAUCAGCGGCGGCGAGCGCGGGUGGCGAAGAUGAGAAGCGGUACGGAUUCGACCACCUCAAGCGCGACAUUGUGCGCGUGCUCGGCACGCUCGUCUACUCGCCCUUUCCAGCAAGCAGCAGUACCGGGGGCGGGGAAGCGACCUCGGAUCCAGCAGCGGCGGCGGCGAGAAACGAGACGGUCAGACAGAUCAGGGCGGUGCAGGAUCUCGUGCGCGAAGCCGGUGGGCUGUGGGACGUCAUGAACAUGACGGUGCUCGACGAGCGGAAUCCCUACAUGCGCGAGCACGCCAUCUUUACGCUGCGAUACCUCCUCGCGGGCAACCUCGAGUCGCAGGACCUGGUCAAGAGGCUGCAGCCCCUCGACCGGCAGUCGGACAACGGCGGCGGCGGCGGCGGCGGCGGAGGUGGUGCGGGCUUGCAGCUGCCCGUCUCUUGA